AUGAGCCUCUCCGUGGAAAUCGUUACGCCUAAUGGGCGCCGCUACACGCAGCCCACCGGCCUGUUCAUCAACAAUGAAUUUGUGCCUGCGUCGUCCGGCCAAACCAUCACCUCUCUUGACCCGGCCACCGAUAAACCAAUUGCCACCGUGCACGCUGCCAGCGCCGAGGAUGUCGACCGUGCCGUGCAGGCGGCCAAAACCGCGCUUGGGCAGCCGUCGUGGAAGCUUCUUCCCGCAACCGAGCGGGGCCAACUAAUGGGCCGACUGGCCGAUUUGCUAGAAAAAAUAAGGAAAUUCUGGCCACGAUCGAUGCGUGGGACAACGGUAAGCGACUCAAUCUGGCGACAGCGCCAAUCGGAGCUACUAUUUGCGUCUGCUAAUAACGAUAUAGGAAAGCCGUACCAUGUCGCUCUCGAGGAGGAUCUGGUGGAGGCAAUCUCGACGAUUCGGUACUACAGCGGCUGGGCAGACAAGACCUUUGGGCAGACGAUCAACACUACUCCCCAAAAGUUCGCCUACACUUUGCGCCAGCCGAUCGGCGUUGUUGGCCAGAUUAUCCCAUGGAACUACCCCUUGUCGAUGGCGGCAUGGAAACUCGGACCGGCACUCGCAUGCGGCAACACCGUCGUUCUCAAGCCUGCCGAACAAACUCCACUCAGCGCGUUGAUCCUAGGAACUCUGAUUAAGGAGGCAGGCUUUCCUCCAGGCGUGGUGAACAUCGUCAAUGGCUACGGCCGUGAGGCCGGCGCCGCACUGACUUCUCAUCCGCUUGUUGAUAAGGUCGCCUUCACAGGUUCCACGGUCACGGCUCGUGAAAUUAUGAAGAUGGCGGCUGGCACUCUGAAGAAUAUCACACUCGAGACCGGUGGUAAGUCUCCGUUACUGGUCUUCCCGGACGCCGAUAUGGACCAGGCAGUGAAGUGGUCGCAUUUCGGAAUCAUGUCCAAUCAGGGCCAGAUCUGCACGGCAACGUCUCGUAUCUUCGUGCACCGGGAAAUCCUGCCAACAUUUCUAGCUCGCUUCAAGAAGGCGGUUGAGAGCGUCAAGAUCGGCGAUCAAUGGGAUCCGGAGACGUUCCAGGGUCCACAAGUGACGCGCGCCCAGUAUGAGCGUAUCCUGUCUUAUAUGGAUAUUGCCAAGAGCGAAGGCGCGACUGUACUGACGGGUGGUACUGCCCAUGUCCCCGCCAACUCGGAGCACAAGGACGGCUACUUUGUCAAGCCGACGGUAAUUACCGAUGUGACCGACUCGAUGCGGGUGGUUCGGGAGGAGAUCUUCGGCCCAGUGGUCGUGAUCUUGCCAUUUGAUACAGAGGAAGAGGCUAUCCGCCGUGCCAACGACACUACCUACGGCCUGGGUGCGGCGGUGUUCACGACAGAUUUGGAACGGGCGCAUCGCGUAGCAUCUGAGAUUGAGUCCGGUAUGGUAUGGGUGAACAGUAGCCAAGAUUGUGAUCCUCGUGUGCCAUUCGGUGGUGUUAAGCAGAGCGGCAUUGGCCGGGAACUAGGUGAAGCUGGUUUGGAGGCUUACAGCCAGAUCAAGGCUGUCCAUGUAAACAUGGGCACCAGGCUGUAG